AAACCUGAUUUCGUUUCUCUAGAGUCUAGAGAGAGAGAUUUGAAUUUAAUCGGAAAGAUCUGAAAAAUAAAAUACCAAAGACUCUAGUCUCUCUCCUCUAGUCCUCUUCCCUCGCUGGCUCGCUCUCACUAAAAAUUAGGAUAAUAUAGAAUACCAAAGAAAAAAAAGGAAAACCGUCGAAAUUUCAAAUCUGACAGAAAACCGCUUAGGUUGAUGGAGAUCGUUACAGGUCCGAUCGGUCCGUGUUCAAAGGAGCAUCAAAAGAUCUACCAGGAGUGGUUUAACUACGCCGACUCAGAUGGCGAUGGCCGCAUUACGGGAAACGAUGCAACCAAGUUCUUCGCCAUGUCCAAUUUAUCUCGACCAGAACUCAAGCAGGUGUGGGCCAUUGCGGAUUCCAAACGACAGGGAUUUCUUGGGUUCACAGAAUUCAUUGCUGCAAUGCAGCUAGUUGCUCUGGCACAAGCGGGACAUGAAAUAACGCCGGACCUUCUUAGCAGUGGAAUUAAUUCGGAGAAUUUAAAUCCUCCUGUAAUGGAAGGUUUGGAUGUUUUAAUAGCUAAAAGAAAGCGCUCACCCCAAAAACCUGAGCUUGAUAAUGUAACUAUCCAGCCCCAAUCAUCACCAUCAGCUCAUUGGUUUUCUUCAAAAUCUUCAAAGAAGAUACCUUUAAGCUCAGUUACCUCAAUAAUUGAUGGCUUGAAGAAACUAUACAUUGAAAAGCUAAAGCCUUUGGAGGUCACAUAUCGCUUUAAUGAUUUUGUAUCUCCCUUACUGAUAAGUAGUGAUUUUGAUGCAAGACCUAUGGUGAUGCUUUUGGGUCAGUAUUCUACUGGAAAAACAACAUUCAUAAAACAUUUGCUCAGAAGCAGUUAUCCAGGUGCUCACAUUGGACCAGAGCCCACAACUGACAGAUUUGUUGUUGUUAUGUCGGGGCCUGAUGAAAGGAGUAUUCCAGGGAACACUAUUGCUGUUCAGGCAGAUAUGCCAUUUAGUGGUUUGACGAGUUUUGGAACUGCAUUCUUGUCAAAAUUUCAGUGUUCCCAGAUGCCACAUCCACUUCUAGAGCAUAUAACGUUUGUGGACACACCUGGAGUUUUAUCUGGAGAAAAGCAAAGAACACAGCGGAGCUAUGAUUUUACAGGUGUCACCUCAUGGUUUGCAGCAAAAUGUGACCUCAUUCUUCUUCUGUUUGAUCCUCACAAGCUUGAUAUAAGUGAUGAAUUCAAGCGUGUAAUUGGAUCCUUGCGUGGUCACGAUGACAAAAUACGUGUGGUUCUUAACAAGGCUGACCAAGUUGAUACACAACAAUUGAUGAGAGUUUAUGGGGCACUGAUGUGGUCACUUGGAAAAGUUCUAAAUACUCCUGAGGUUAUGCGUGUUUAUAUUGGUUCAUUCAAUGACAAACCAGUGAAUGAAGCAGCUGUUGGUCCAAUUGGAAAGGAGCUUUUUGAGAAAGAACAAGAUGAUCUUCUUUCUGAUUUGAAAGAUAUUCCAAAGAAGGCUUGUGAUCGCAGAAUAAAUGAAUUUGUAAAACGUGCGAGAGCUGCAAAGAUUCAUGCCUAUGUAAUAAGCCAUCUUAAGAAGGAGAUGCCUGCAAUGAUGGGAAAAGCCAAGGCUCAACAGAGACUUAUUGAUAACCUAGAAGACGAAUUUGCAAAGGUCCAAAGGGAGUUCCAUCUCCCAGCUGGCGAUUUCCCAAAUGUUGAUCACUUCAGAGAGAUCUUGAGUGGUUAUAGCAUUGAUAAGUUCGAGAGGUUGAAACCUAAAAUGAUACAAGCCGUUGAUGAUAUGCUAGGUUAUGAUAUCCCAGAACUCCUCAAGAACUUCAGAAACCCCUAUGACUGAACUUAUUGGUUAAAAUGAGGCAACUGGUAACGUCAUAAAUGAGGGGAGGGGGAGCAUGCUGUUGCGUCAUGUCCAGAUGAAAUGUCUCAUUUUUCUUGUUGUCUGUUUGUUCUAUUAGUAUUUUGAGACAUUUCCAUACAUAAACGUCACUAUAUGCACUCUGGCAAAGCUCAAGGAUCUCUACCUCGAGGCUUGAGGACACCCAACCUUUCUGUGAAUGGCUCCGCCUCUCGGGAGUGGCAGUUAAAAUACAGUAAUUACUCUUAAAUUUAUUGAUUCUCCAAUAAUGUAAGUUGGAAAAAACAGUAAGUAAUUACUCGUAAAUUUUGUAUUUGCAGGAAGGAUUCAAAUAUCUAGAUCUAUCAGAGAUGGUUUUGAUAUCUGUAUUUUAUUUCUGUUUAUUGCAUGGGCGCAAGGGAAUGAUAUUACCAUUUC